AUGUUCUUCAAGUCGCUGGAUCUGACUACUGCGCUCAGACCCUUGCUGUUACCCGAUGAGAUCCUUCUCUUUGUGCAGGAUGCGGUGGGGUUAUAUGAAGGGAAAUACAAAAUCCAGAAUUACCAAAAUGGCCAUGCCUAUCUCACAUCCCACAGAGUGUGCUAUGUUGCGGCUGAGGACCCACGGAAAUACUCAGUGGCUAUUGAUCUGAAAGAAAUCGAUCGAGUAGAGUCUCAGGCUGGCUUCCUGAAGUCAUCUCCGAAGCUCACCAUAUACCCGAAACCGCAGAAGAAGAAGACGGAUAAGUCGAGGAGUGCAACAGCCAGCCCAGCUGUGGCCCAACAAUCGGUCCUUCCGCAGUCACUUUCCCACAUCCCACAAACCAACUUCCAACAUAACUCACUAUCUCCAAAGCCAAUCAAUGCCACUUGGAUUUGUCCCAUAUGCUCAUUCUCCAACCCAGUUCCGUCCAAUUUCGACCCCGCAACGGCUAAUGCGGCUACAAAUUUACCUCCUUGUCUAGCAUGUGGCAUCAAACCACCAUUUACCGCCGUUCUCAAAGCAGCGAUCAGUGCUGUAGCAAGCCGGGAGUCUCCAUUGCUGAGUUCAGUUGCAUCACCAGCCAUUGCACAAGAUACAGACCAAUCAAAUGCCAAUGCGUCUCUAUCGCAUUUUGGGUCCGGGGAACUGUCCCUUGCCCACGAUGUACCUUUGUGA